GGCAGCGAGUCUGGGCUGAAGCGGGAGCACUUCUGCAGCCGCCGUCCAGGGGAGAGGCGCUACCCCCCCGCCACAGGGAGGGGGUUCGGCUGGCCUGGGGAGCACAGCCCGCCUCUGCCCAUGAGGCCCUGAUGGAAAACACAAAGGAUCUGACUGAGCAUUCUACACAUUCCGAAAGGAAACGGCGAGAUUCAUUCGGGAUGUUUGACGGUUAUGAUAGCUGCAGUGAGGACACCAGUAGCAGCUCUAGCUCUGAUGAAAGUGAAGAAGAAGUUGCUCCCUUACCCUCUAGUCUCCCAAUUAUUAAAAAUAAUGGACAAGUCUAUACAUACCCAGAUGGUAAAUCUGGAAUGGCCACAUGUGAGAUGUGCGGAAUGGUUGGAGUACGAGAUGCUUUUUAUUCUAAAACAAAACGUUUCUGCAGUGUUUCGUGUUCAAGAAGUUAUUCCUCAAACUCAAAGAAGGCAAGCAUUUUGGCAAGACUUCAGGGUAAACCUCCCACUAAGAAAGCAAAAGUUCUUCAGAAGCAGCCUUUGGUGGCAAAGCUAGCCGCCUAUGCUCAGUACCAAGCUACCCUGCAGAGCCAAGCCAAGACCAAGUCAGCAGUCUCCUUGGAAGGCUUCAGCUGGGGUAAUUACAUCAACAGCAAUAGCUUUAUAGCUGCUCCAGUAACCUGUUUUAAGCAUGCACCCAUGGGGACCUGCUGGGGUGAUAUCUCAGAAAAUGUGAGGGUGGAAGUUCCCAAUACAGACUGCAGCCUACCUACCAAAGUCUUCUGGAUAGCUGGAAUUGUGAAAUUAGCAGGUUAUAAUGCCCUUCUAAGAUAUGAAGGGUUUGAAAGUGAUUCCAGCCUGGACUUCUGGUGCAACAUUUGUGGGUCUGACAUCCAUCCAGUUGGUUGGUGUGCAGCCAGCGGAAAACCCCUUGUUCCUCCUCGGACCAUUCAACACAAGUACACAAACUGGAAAGCUUUUCUAGUGAAACGACUUACUGGUGCCAAAACACUUCCUCCUGACUUCUCUCAAAAGGUGUCAGAAAGUAUGCAGUAUCCUUUCAAGCCUUCCAUGAGGGUAGAAGUGGUUGAUAAGACACAUCUAUGUCGUACACGGGUUGCAAUUGUGGAAAGUGUAAUUGGCGGAAGAUUAAGAUUAGUGUAUGAAGAAAGUGAAGACAAAACAGAUGAUUUCUGGUGCCACAUGUAUAGUCCACUGAUUCAUCAUAUUGGUUGGUCCCGAAGUAUAGGUCAUAGAUUCAAAAGAUCUGAUAUUACUAAGAAACAGGAUGGACAUUUUGAUACACCACCACAUUUAUUUGCUAAGGUAAAAGAAGUAGACCAGAGUGGGGAAUGGUACAAGGAAGGAAUGAAGUUGGAAGCUAUAGAUCCUCUAAAUCUUUCUGCAAUAUGUGUUGCAACCAUUAGAAAGGUGCUAGCAGAUGGAUUCCUUAUGAUCGGGAUUGAUGGCUCAGAAGCAGCAGAUGGAUCUGACUGGUUUUGUUACCAUGCAACCUCCCCUUCUAUUUUCCCUGUUGGUUUCUGUGAAAUUAACAUGAUUGAAUUAACUCCACCCAGAGGUUAUACAAAACUUCCUUUCAAAUGGUUUGACUACCUCAGGGAAACUGGCUCCAUAGCAGCACCAGUAAAGUUGUUUAAUAAGGAUGUCCCAAAUCAUGGAUUUCGUGUGGGAAUGAAAUUAGAAGCUGUAGACCUCAUGGAACCACGUCUAGUCUGUGUAGCCACAGUAACUCGAAUUAUUCAUCGUCUAUUGAGGAUCCAUUUUGAUGGUUGGGAAGAAGAGUAUGAUCAGUGGGUAGACUGUGAGUCCCCUGACCUCUAUCCUGUUGGAUGGUGCCAAUUAACUGGAUAUCAACUACAACCUCCAGCACCACAGACAUCAAGAGAGAGCCAGUCAAGUUCAUCAAAGCAGAAGAAAAAGGCUAAGUCACAGCAAUACAAAGGACAUAAGAAAAUGACUCCAUUGCAGCUGAAGGAAGAGUUGCUAGAUGGAGAGGAAUAUAGCUUCCUCCAAGGAGCUUCUGAUCAGGAAAGCAAUGGCUCUGCCAACUACUACAUCAAACAAGAACCCUGAGGUGACAACUCAAAAACCAAGGAAGGGAGAGCUUUUUACAGGACUGAUUUAUUACCAACCCAACUGGACAGGGGGUAUAAUUCUACUG